UGACAGUGGAAGAUUUUUUUACAGUGUGCAGUAACGCUGUGCGGCUGUGGUGACUCACAGUGUUUCAGCAGAUGUGUGUGAAAUGUGUGAGUGUGAUGACAGUUUGUCAGUGUGUUCAUGAUGAAGCUCGUUCUGCUCUUCGCUCUCCUCACAGUCAGUGAAUGUGACGGCAGCACAGUUGUUGGUCGAACAGGUGAAGACAUCACUCUGUCCUGUAAAUAUGACAUCACAUACUACAAAGCACUAUCAGUUUGUUGGGGUCGAGGACAAAUACCAGUCUCAGGCUGCGGCAACCAGCUCAUCUCCACAGACGGACAUAAAGUGAAAGAAGAAACCAGAGUUUCCAGCAGGUAUAAGUUACUGGGGCGACUGGGUGAUGGAGAUGUUUCUCUGACGAUACUGAACAUCUCAGAGACGGAUGCUGGACGCUAUGGGUGCAGAGUGGACAUACCCGGAUGGUUCAAUGAUGACAAACAUCACUUCAUUUUGAUUGUUGAGAGAGCUCCACAGACGACCACAUCAACAACAUUAAACGAGACGUCUACAGAGCAGACAGCAGCCAGUUAUACAGAAGGUCAGAUGAGCUCGACAGAGCUUCUCCUAACUUCCUCCCCCAGCAGCAUUAAGGCGGAGGAGAGCAGCAGUGUGAACGUGGUUCUGCUGUGUGUUCUGUUUGGGUUGGUAUCCUUGGUUACAGCAGGCGUGGUAUUCGUCAUUUUCACAAGCAGGAGGCGACUCAACAAAAUGCCUCAGCAGCAGCAGCAGGUCAACAGUUCGGUCCUGUUCAACUCGAUUUCGUCCACUCUGCACCUCCAGAGUCGAGGUUCGGCGGUGGAAAACAUCUACCAGAUAGAUGGAGGCGGUGAUGGAGGUGAGUAUGAGUACUGCCCCUGAGCCCUGAAGCUCCGCCCAAUGACCUGCUGACCCGGGGGACAGAAAGUCGACAAGUUCUGGACAAAACACAUAAACACUUAUGAAUCACUUCAAUUUAGGAGGCAUUCAAGGCUCCUGCCGUCCCCCAGACCAGGGAGAACUGUCCUGGUUGAAUCGUGAGAACAAACAAUCAGACACUGAACAAAAAAUGUUCUGCUUCAAUGACAAAAAUCUCCAAGAAAAAACAGACUGUGUCCAACUUUAGCAGAAAAACCAACUACAAGUCCCAGAGAAUAUUACUGGAUAACUCUGAUGUUACAGCGCUGAAUGGAUGGCCUCUGAGACUCAUGAGAACUACAGUAUUUUGUGACUUUUAACAAACUGAGGG